GAGACUUCGGGACGUUCACGCGCCCCCACCUACCAGUUCUGCCCACUACUUCAGCGCAAACCAGUGUUGCGGAUCUAUGCCAAAACCGCUUCGCAACACUCUCUGUUGCCUGAGCGUCACGGUGAAGCACGCUCCGCCGGGGACAUUCAUCGGGAUGCUGUCUCGGAGAUGUACUACCAUUGUCGGGCCAACAACCUCACGGAGGUGUGGGCCUACAUGUGGAAUUCCUGGUACCGCAAGGACCGCUGGUGCCUGUGGGCACGCUCAGCCUACCCGCAAGCCAUUCCGAGGAAGCGGACGACCAUGAUCGUGGAAGCACUUUGGCGCGGCAUCAAGCGGCAAGGUCUCGCACGCUACAAUCGCCCGCCUGUCGACUUUGCUCUCUAUUCCGUAAUCACCAAGGCUCUCCCACCGUAC